AUGGUGGGGCCGGUGGUCACCGCUGGCGGGACCACUGUCCAUAAGACGCCGGUGGGGCUGGCGGGCAGGAGACGCCGUGGGGCCGGCGGCCACGAGACCUCUCUGUCCUGCCUUCCAGGUGCCCCGUUUCAAAGGUCUCAGCAUCCUCACGCUACCUCCUGCCGCCACUUCCACCUGGGCCCCCCGCAGCCGCAGCAGCUGCCGCAGCAGCUCGCCCCCGACUUCCCGCUGGCCCACCCCGUGCAGUCGCAGCCGGGCCUCAGCGCCCACAUGGCCCCGGCCCACCAGCACAGCGGCGCCCUGCACCAGUCGCUGCCCCCGCUGCCCGCCCUGCAGUUCCAGGACGUCACAGGCCCCUCCUUCCUACCUCAGGCCCUGCACCAGCAAUACCUCCUGCAGCAGCAGCUCCUGGAAGCCCAGCACCGCAGGCUCGUCUCGCACCCCAGACGGAGUCAAGAGCGCGUGUCUGUCCACCCCCACCGCCUCCACCCUGGCUUCGACUUCGGCCACCAACUGCAGACGCCUCAGCCCAGGUACUUGGCUGAGGGCACCGACUGGGACCUCAGCGUGGACGCGGGCUUGAGUCCAGCCCAGUUCCAGGUGCGGCCCAUCCCCCAGCACUAUCAGCAUUACCUAGCCACGCCUCGAAUGCACCACUUCCCCAGAAGCUCCUCCUCCACGCAGAUGGUCGUCCAUGAAAUCCGAAACUACCCUUACCCUCAGCUUCACUUCCUUGCUCUCCAGGGACUAAAUCCCAGCAGACACACCUCCGCCGUGAGAGAGAGCUACGAGGAGCUGCUGCAGCUGGAAGACAGGUUGGGAAACGUGACUCGAGGAGCCGUACAGAACACCAUCGAGAGGUUCACCUUCCCCCACAAGUACAAGAAGCACCCUCCUGUCAACAAGACCCAUGGGACAGAAUACCCAGCACAAAGCCGGCGAAAUCCCCGGGUCUAUGGCCAGGACCAGUGGGCCAAUGGCAGGGAUGUGGCCACUGGGAGGGACAGCAGCCCUGAGGAGCUCACGGUCUAG